AUGUUGCGCGCCUACUCGGUCCGCCGCAAACAGGACCUGCGGGCACGAUUUUCCACGGCCCUGGAAGAGGUGCUGCCGGAGAUGGCCGAAAAUUCGAGUGGCGGCGAGCAAGCGAGGCUCUCUUGUCGUGGGGACAGCGUCGUUCGCGGCUAUCGAGCCCUUUCCCCGGCCGCCGACUACACACCACAACCCCCUGACAAACCCGGACUGCUGGCAAUCGAUUCGGUGGAAUUGAAUGGCAAUACCCGGAAGGAAUCUCGUCAAACGCCAGUCUCCCGUAUUGCCUCAUUGAGACGUCGAAGCAGUGUGGCCAGAGACAAAUGGUCAAACAAACUCGAAUUCCUUCUUGCCGUCAUUGGGUAUGCCGUGGAUUUGGGGAAUAUUUGGCGUUUUCCGUCGAUUUGCUACAAACACGGAGGAGGCGCUUUCCUCGUCCCCUACCUAAUAAUGCUUCUCAUUGGCGGGUUGCCAAUGUUCUACAUGGAGCUGGCACUCGGCCAAUUCCACCGCUCUGGCUGUAUCUCUAUAUGGCGCAAAAUUUGCCCAAUGUUUAAAGGCAUCGGCUACGGUAUCUGCUUCAUUUGCACGUUCAUCGCCUGCUUCUACAAUGCCAUCAUCGCCCAGGCCGUCUAUUUCACGUUUAGCAGCAUCGCGCUAGAAGUCCCUUGGGCCACUUGUAACAACACUUGGAACACCCCCAACUGCUCCGACUCGUUGACCCAUACCGGCCAACAUCUACGAACACCGUCAGAGGAAUAUUUUCUAAACCACGUGCUCGAGACGCAAAAAUCGAGCGGAUUCGGCGAUUUCGCGGGGAUCAAGCCGACGAUGGCGCUAUGUUUGGCGGUGGUGUUCUUGCUCGUCUACUUUGCAUUGUGGAAGGGGCCAAAGAGUUCUGGAAAGAUGGUGUGGGUGACGGCGACGGCACCAUACGUCGUGUUGGCCGCCCUAUUGAUCCGUGGAGUCACACUCCCCGGCGCCAGCAUCGGUAUUCGCUAUUACUUGACGCCAGAUUUCUCCAAACUGCUCGAUCCGGCUGUGUGGAGCGCUGCGGCUACGCAGAUCUUCUUCUCACUUGGCCCCGGUUUCGGCGUGUUGCUGGCGCUGAGCAGCUACAAUGAAUUUGACAACAACUGCUACAGGGAUGCUCUCGUGACGGCGUCGAUCAACUUCGCCACGUCCUUCUUCUCCGGCUUUGUCAUCUUCAGCACGCUGGGCUAUAUGAGUGUUCUGACGAACAAGCCGAUUAGUGAGGUAGUCGGCGACCAAGAAAUGUCGCUAAUCUUCAUCGUCUACCCCCAAGCGAUAGCCACGAUGAGAUUCUCGCCCCUGUGGGGAUUCGUAUUUUUCGUGAUGCUGAUCACGUUGGGAAUUGAUAGUACUUUCAGCGGUAUCGAGGCGUUGAUCACGGGCUUUUGCGACGAGUACCCACGGCUUCUCCAGCGAAAACGGGAGAUAUUCGUGGCGGUGGUGUGCUCGAUGUAUUAUUUCGGCAGUUUGCCGGCCAUUUCUUACGGCGGCCAGUACGUGAUAGCAUUCCUGGAUGAGUAUGGCGUCUCGCUGUCGCUCCUCUUCAUCGUCACAUGUGAAAUGGUGGCCGUGUGCUGGUUUUACGGCAUUGAUCGCUUCUCGAGGGAUAUUCAAUCGAUGCUCGGCUUCUACCCGGGCAUCUACUGGCGCUUUUGCUGGACGUUCUGCCCGAUUUUCAUCUCGAUCAUCUUCGGGCUGUCCCUCUACAACGUCAAGUUCUCGCCGAUCGCCAUGCCGAACUACACGUUCCCGCAAUGGUCGGUAUACGUUGGCUGGGUGUUGCGGAUGUUGUCGGUCAUGUCGAUACCCGCAUAUAUGAUGUACAUGUUGGUGAUGACGCCCGGGACGAUGGCUGAGCGAUGGUCGGCGAUGAUCAACCCAGUGCAACGUGCCGUCUCCCUAGCUUCAUCGUAUGCCCCAUCACAAGGCACGACAGGAGAACAAGCUGGAGCUGGUGCUCAUGUCUUCGAUUCCAGUCUCCUAAAUGAUAUUGAUAAUCUUACCCAAGUC